AUGCUCUACGCGCACGCUUCCGUGGCCGAAGAAGAGGCGGACAAGAAGGCAAGCCCCGCUGAGAGAGGCACCACUUCAACCUCGCCCUCGGCAACAACACCGGAAACAAGGUUUCGGGUCAUGACCUACAACCUUCUCGCUCCCUCGUGGACCUCUCCCAACGGAGACCACGGAUGUCCGGAGUGGGCUCACAAGUGGAGCUAUCGGAAGCGCAAGAUCUUGUGGGAGGUGCUUCACAGCAGGGCCGACAUCGUGUGCUUCCAGGAAAUAGAAAAGAGAGCCUACGAAGGGUAUUUCUGCAAGUAUCUGAAGAACCUCGGAUUCGAGGGCGUGUUUCAACCGCCAGCGGGAGAGAGGCCCAUAGACGGCUUUCUUGACGUCGGCAAACAACGGGACAACCCGGUGGGCAAUGCCACGUUCUUCCGUACCUCGCUGUUCAGCCCGGUGCAAGUGCACAAGCUGGAGUUUAUGCACCUCAUCGACCAACUGCCCUGCGGCACGGCGAUCAACAAAUACUUCCGCAGCCAGUUCCGCACCAGCGACAAGCAGGCCAUGGUGCUGAUGCUCCGAGUCAAGCGCGCUGUCGAGGGCACCCAUUCGAGCGCGCCACCUGCGUACCUAUGCGUGGCCAACACGCACAUCUACUGGGACCCGACCUAUCCCUCGAUCAAGCUCAUGCAGGUGUUUCUCCUCACGCAAGCCAUCGAGCGCAUCAUCACAGAAUGGCAGCGCGAACGAGACAGCGAGACGCCUGUGGUGAUCGGCGUCGAAUCCAAGAGUAACCUCGGUCCCUUCGGCUUCAUGAAGGGCUUUGUGGAGCCGGGCCACGUCAAUCUAUCGACGCAGGUGUCAGACGAAUACGCGCGCACCGGUCUGCGUCAGGGGCUCAACUUGACCAGCGCCUACGCCCACGUGCUCGGCCGCAUUGACGACGCCAACCACGACGAGCAGGGCGACGAGUUGAGCAGCACGGAGGAGAGCCAAAACAAGAAGCGCAAGCGGAGCAAAAAGAAGAACAAGAAGAAUAGGAAGAUGCGAGACGACCAUAAGUGGGAGCCUGCAUUCACCAACUACACCCCCAGCUUCAACGGCACCCUAGACUACAUCUGGAUCUCCACCAGCCCUUUCACAUCGAGGCCCGCCACGGACGGCGGUUCUCCGAAACGUGGGCCUGGCCUCAGCGAUGCGGCCCAUCGACAACGUAAAGAAGACCACGGUGGGGAAGAAGAGAACGAAGAAGAGGAAGAGCAGCAAGACGCCAGGAAGCAACCGAACGGGAUCAUCGAAGGAACGCGGCUGCACGUUCGAGGCAUCCUGGAGCCGGUGAGCAAGGAUCGAGUCAGGCGGCUUCACCCACAGAGCCGCACAUCGCUCCUCUCCGUCACCUUUCCCUCGGACCACUUCGCGCUCGUGUGCGAACUCGCCUUGUCCUGA